UACUCAAUUCUUACAAAUAAGUUGACAUAACCUAAACCAGAAACUGUCAGUGAUCAUUUUCAAAAUUAUACCAAUUCUUCUUAUAUUUUCAUAACCAAUAUUAUUUUUGUGGAUACAUAAUAAUACAUUAUUAAGAACAAGUAAACUUUCUAGGUAAAAAAAUAAUGCCAUCAGCUGAUUUACCUGCAGAAUUAAUAGCAAAACCACAAGCUUUGAUAGGAUUGAGUGGAUUAGAUAUAUCAAAUACUAUUCAUCGAUCAAUUUGGGAUACUUUCAUAAGCAACCGACGUGCUGAUGGAACGUCAUUGUUGCAAUUUAAACUUCUGUCACCAGAUCAUGUAUUUCCGACAGCGAAACCUAAAAGAAAUUCUUAUGAAUGGUAUAUACCUAAAGGUAUUUUAAAACGUAAUUGGAUGAAUAAAUAUUUAAAUAAAAUACCAGCAGUAGUUGUUUGUUUUUAUGAUCUUGAUUGGAAUGAUCCAACGUGGAAUGAGAAAAAAAUGAAAUGUGCAUCUAAAGUACAAUCAUUAAAAUGUUCUCUUGAAGGGCGUAAUACAAAAAUUGCUGUAGUUUUAAUUCAAAGAGGAAUACCUCCACCACCUGGAUCUGAAGAUAUGUUAGCUACUGAAAGAGCAACAGCAUUAUGUACAGCUUGUGAAUUACCAGCUAAAUCUCUUUAUGUUCUACCCCAUGGAGAUCAUCUGGUUGGUUAUAUUUUAAGAUUAGAAAAUGUAUUUUAUGAGUUAGCUCAAAAUUUUUACCAUCAUCAAUAUCGUGUAGUUAAAAGUCAUAGAGAUCAAUUAAACAAAACGUCUCAUCAAUAUUUAUUCGUCCGACAUCAAUUCAAGAUGGGUUUUUUCAAUGAACUUAGACAAGACAAACAUAUUGCUUUGAAACACUAUCAACAUGCCUACAAUAACUUAUUAGAGAUUAGAAUGAAUGAUUUCAAUACACUAGAAAUUAAAACGGUAGCUAGUUACAUCAAUUAUAAACUGUGUCGAAUGAUGUUUAUUAUAAAUGAACCAAGAGAUGCUAUUUCUCAAUUUCGUGCUCAUAUAGAUCGAUUUAAAUCACGAACUGGUCCUGAAGAUCUUAUAUUUGAACAUCAUGCUUGGAUGACUAAUCAAUAUUCAACAUUUGCUGAACUUUUUGAUGAAGCAAUUAGACAAGGACUACCUCCAGUACAAACUCAACAUCCAGGAUAUUAUUUUCAGCUCGCAGCACAACAUGCAAAUCUACGCCAAAAAGCUUGUAAAGAAUUAUGUAGCAAUGUAACCGUAAGUGGUCAAUUAUUGUCCGAUGUAGAUGAUGGAGAUAAAGUUGAAUUCUACGGCCAAAGACCUUGGAAACAAAUAAACAAUAAUGUUGGUGGAAAACUUAGUGGAGAACCUGUAGACUUAGCUCGAGAAGCAGCUGCUAUUCAAGUCCUAAAAUAUCAAGAACUGAAGGUUAAUCAUUCAAUGAUUAUUAUAAGUCUUUUGGGUAAUGCAAUAUCACAAUUUAAAAUCUAUCGAUGUCCUAGAAUGCGUAGACAACUCGUUGUCCAAAUGGCUGCAGAAUAUUUUAAUGCAUGUGAUUAUGGAAAAGUUCUGACGCUUUUGAUGCACAUGUUAUGGGAAUACCGUAGUGAACGUUGGCCUCUUCUUCUCACUGAUAUACUUAAAAAAGCUUUAAAAGCUGCUUAUUUAUCAACGAGCAUUCAUGACUACAUUACAUUAGCUAUAGAAUCGUUAGGUCCUUUCACCAAGUUCUCCAAAGAAGAUCGUGCUGCUAUUUACUCUAAUAUGAUGAAUAUUAUUUAUAAAAGAGUUCCACCUCAAUUAUUAGAUCUUUCAGAUUUACCAGAAGAGGCAAAAAAAUCAGCUAUUGAAAAGUGGUCCCUUGAGCUUAACAGAUCUGAUCAAUUUACAUGUACUAUUGAUGACACCAAUUUAUCAUCUUUUAUUGAUGUAAAAGCUCGUUUUCUAGACUCUAAAUAUUUUGUAGGAAGUCCUGUAAAUAUUGAAGUAUUUAUUAAAAAUUUAUUUGAAGGAACAAUCAAGUUAGCCAAGAUUGUUGUAAAUAUUGAAGUUAACGGUAUUACAUUUGAAUGUCCUAUUACAGGAAAAACAUCAAUAGAGGGUGAACAAAAUAUAUCAUUUAAAUUUGAAGCUAAUGAAACAAAAAAAUUUCACUGUACAUUUUUGACCCCUCAACAGCCUGAUGGAAGUGAAAUGCAAAUCAGUGUGAUUUCACUUUAUUUAGGGAAUGAGAACAAUUUUUCUAUUAUUAUGAAAUUUUCUCCGAUGGGAACAGUUUUUUCUGUUUUAGAUCGAUUUUAUUCAGACAUACAGAGUCAUCGAAAAUGGUCUGAUGGAUAUAGUUUUGAAACAAUAAAACCCAUAGUUACUUCUACAAUAAAAGCAGAGGAAUCUAAUAUUAUUAUGGAAAUCAAUUCACCAAGUCCAGCACUUUUAAGUGAAUGGCUACCUCUUAAAAUUAGUAUUAAACCCAAAGAAACUAUAUCUAGUACUAUGCUGCAUAUGAAACAAAUAACUAUUAAUACAGAUAAUUCAGGUGAUAAUUCAGCAACCGAAUUAAGUUUAACAAUGACGAAUAAGCAAACAUCGAUAUCGGUAGAGCUGGGUAAUUUUACAAAUAAAGACGGAGAGAUAAUUUCAAUGGAAAAAACCGUAUAUGUUCGAUCGCAUCAAGUUAGUAAAAAAAACUUUUCGAUUAGAAUUGACUAUGUAAAUGAAGAAGGAAUCAAACGGAGUAAGGAAUUGACGUAUUCGCUGUCUAUUGUCAAGCCAUUUGACGUAACUACACAGUUUUAUACAAAACUAUUCGAACCUUUAACAAAAGCAUUUGUUAAUGAACCAUUUAUUAUGAUGCCUCAUGUAGUCUGCACUUCUCCAUGGCCAAUAGAAAUACUUGAUACGUCUGUAGAACUAGGUAAUUCUCUAUCUAGAAUACGUAAUGAUGAUGACAAUGAUAAAAAUCAUCAAGAAAGUGUGUUGAAAGGAGCAACUUUACAUGAUGGUGAAUCAGGAACUGAUGUUUAUUGUGUAGUUCCUAUCAUUGGAAGUGAACAGCCAACAUCUACAGGAGUGUAUACAAUUCGUUGGAGAAGAAGUGACUGUAAAAAUGAAGUAAUAGAAACUAGUACUAGUGUUACAUUAUCACCCAUAUGGGUUGAAGACUUAGUUGUUGGUUUGCAAGCUAAAAUUCCAGCUCACGGCUGGGUUCGAACUCCACUUUGUGUUUCUUAUUUUAUCAAAAAUUAUUCUGAUUAUUUGUUUACAUUGAGACUUACUAUGGAAGCUAGUGAUGCAUUUAUGUUUGCUGGACAAAAACAAAUAGAUAUUUGCAUUCCACCUAAAAAUGAAGAAAAAAUUGAGUGGAUUUUAAGGCCAUUGAUUGCAGGAUUUGUUGCUUUACCUACACUUUCUCUAUCAGUGCCUCUUGAGGAUGAGUAUAAAUUAAAUAAAAGCAAAUUAGUAGAAAUUUUAGAACGAUCUUUACCAACACAUAUUUAUAUCAUGCCAAAAUCUCCAACGAUUGAAGCGUAAGCAAAAUAAAUAAGUGUAAAUUUUGUAAUUUUAGAGAAGAUAAUUUAACAAGAUUAUUUUAUUUAUUUGGAUAAAAGUUAAUUGCGUUGCCAUGGUUACGCAAUUCAUAACUCUGUU